UUUUUUUAUGAUAUGAUAACAAUAGUUUUUAUUUGGAGAAAGUUUUUAAGUAAUUUGAAGUCAACUAUUCAUGACAACUCAUCAAUUAUUAAUUAUGAACAAUUAUUUUUCAUUCUCAUUUGUUUAUAUAUUUUUAUUUUUUUACAUCAAUUCAUUUGUUGAUGGAUUAAUUUGAUUCAUUAGAAUGUAUUUCUAUUGUUGUGGUAUAAGGUUUCAUUGCAGAUUUAUGGCACCUAAGAGAACAAAAUGUAUGUCUAUGGAGGAGUUGAUUCCACCUUCUCCUGUGAGACCAAGAAAGGGUCAGUCGCAAGCACGAUCAACUAAACGUACGUCUGCUUCUGGUCAGUAUAAACGGCCUAGAUCUAAUACUACUGGAAAUCAACAAGAAGUUCAAUUGGAGACACCUACAGCUACUCAAUCAGAGACAUCGCAGCAUCAUGUGUCUGAAACUAGUCAGGAGGAGCCUGUUACAACUCAAUUACAUGAUUCAGGUCAAAUUACUCAAAGAGCUAAGAAAGGUAGAGGUGCUGCUUGUGGUAUGCCUGAGUGGGGAACUGGAAAACUAAUUCAUAUUGAGUUUGAUGCUAACUGGAUGCCUAUUAGUGAAAAUGGGAAGGGAUUUAGUUCACAACUUGGAAUUUUGGCGCGAGAUGGAGAGAAGGUUCCUCUAACAUAUACUUCAUGGAAUGCCAUGCCAGACGAUAUUUUGGAUGCCAUUUGGAAAGAUGUCAAGGAUAAUACUGAUGUUCCGGAUGAGUAUAAACAACAUUGCUUAAAGGUUGUUGGUAGUAGAUGGAGGGACUGGAAGUGCCGAGUCAAGACACAAUGGUAUGAUAAAUAUGAAACGGAUGAGCAGCGAUUAACAUUCAUUCCUAGUCAGGUUGUUGGAGAGCAAUGGAAGAUAUUAGUAAAGUAUUGGGGUCUUCCGCAAAUAAAGGAAAUGUGUGAGACAAAUAAAUCUAGCCGUGCACAAGGAGGAGGUGUCCCUCAUAGGACCGGUCGAAAAUCUUUUGCUAGACUACGAAAAGAGAUGAUGGAGAAUGGAGAGAAAACAGAUCGUGUCAGCAUGUUUGUCAAAACAAGAGCAAUGAAAACAAAGGAUGAUGAUGGUCAACCAAUUGAAAUUCAUGAUGAGGAGGCUACUGCUGUUAUUAGUCAAUUCAAUGAAUAUUUGGAGGAGAGGCCAGAUGAACAAGAUAAUACUUUUCGUGAAGAGGUAUUCACUAAAGUGAUGGGAGAAGAUGCACAUGGACGUGUUCGCAUGUAUGGAACAGGUGUGACUCCAUCUCAAGUGUUUGGUAAUUCCAAAGCUUAUGAGACUAAUGAGAAAAGGACAAUUGAGGAAAUGGAUAGAAAAUACGAGGAAAUGGAAAAGAACUAUCAGACAAAGCUAGAUGAUCUUAAAUUGAGCCAUGAAUCUCAAUUGGGAGACAUGAAAUUAAAGUACGAUGAUGUAUCGAAUCGUCUCAAUCUUUUGAUGUCUCAUGUUGGUAUCCAAGUAAACCCAAGUGGAAGUACAAGUGAACAAGUUGGAGAAAUAUCUAGGAGUUGAUGCUGGAAGUACAAGAUGUUAAUAAAUUUUACAAUUAGCAUGCUACUCUAAACUAGAUCAUUUUGUUUAGUAUUUUGACUACUACUGUAUUUGCAGCGACAUUUUAGUUUGUAUGACUCAAGGCAUUUGUUAUACAAUUAUUAUAUAGAUUACUCUUUUGUAUCAUUUCAACUG